CCAUAGAUGUCUCUUUAUAAACGUAGUCUAUUUUCAAGAUAACCUUCAAGUGAUUUAUUUUUUAAUGAAUAGAUAACAAGUCAAUAUCCAACUCGUCGGCAGAUUGUUCAACUGUCUUUAAUAUUGUAAAUGCAUGUUUUAGCACUGUGAAGAUGAAUACCUUAAAUAGAAUUAUAGUGUACACUUCAAGUGUACCAAAAAAUGCAAGAUUAAUCGCCACGACAAGUGCAAGAUUGAAUGCUGACGAUGGAUGGCUUUCGAAACUUCUGGUUCGAAAAAUCGAACCUACCAAAGAAUCCCACAGUCGUAUGCUUAGCGACAAGGAGAUUGUAUAUGCUUUACACACGCACAACAUAAGGCCGGAUUCUGUGGAUAAAUAUCUGAAAAACUACAAAUCUUCAGUAGAAUUUGUGGAAUCCCGUAAACCUGAGUUAGGCUGUGAGCUUGUCGGAUCAUGGACAGUCUCUGUGGGGGAUAUGGACCAAGCAUUGCAUUUGUGGCGGUAUGUUGGUGGCUUCGAGAAAAUUGACAAAGCAAAGAUAUUAUUCAGAGAAAAUCCUGACUACCGAGCAUUAGAAAAAGAGAGGGGUAAUUUCGUGAGGUCCCGUCACCUCCAGUACCUUCUCGCCUUCAGCUUCUGGCCAUCUGGUGAACCCCGCGAACCUAGCAAUAUCUAUGAAAUUAGAUCCUAUAGCCUAAAGCCCGGAACAAUGAUCGAGUGGGGCAACAACUGGGCGCGCGGGCUCACGUACCGCCGCGCUAAGAACGAGGCCUUCGCCGGCUAUUUCUCGCAGAUAGGCCGACUUUAUAAUGUUCAUCAUAUUUGGUGCUACAAGGACCUGCAAGCUCGGCGGGAAACGCGCGAGAGCACCUGGCGGAACCCCGGCUGGGACGAGUGCGUCGCGUACACCGUGCCGCUCAUACGCGAGAUGCACUGCCGCAUCCUCGAACCCACGGAGUUCUCGCCAACAAAGUAGACCGACACGCGCCGCCCCCGCCGCCCCAGCUGAC